AUGGCUACACGAGCGGACUCUCCCUCUGAGAACUUCACGCCGUCGGUGACUCAUCGGUCGCCGGAAGAUCAAGAUCUAUUGGAAAGAAGCACGAAGAAAACCAAAAGAGGUCGAGAUUACUUACAAGCUGCGAUGUCAUCGCUGAACGAUAAUCUGGGCCAAGACUCCCCUGCUGUGACGAGGGGAAAUAGACCCGAUUCAAACCAUUGGAGAACGCCAUUGGCAACCCCUAUCCACAUCCCGGAUCGUGCGCCGGUGGUUGAGGUUGAUUCUAAUGAUGAUAUGGAGGAGGAUGGCAGGUCAUUUGAUUAUCCGGUCAUCAAGCGUCUCCAAAGAAUGUGGAAAACUGAAGCGCCUUUUGAACUGAUAGCCCUAAACCACGACUAUUUCCUGGCGAAAUUCGAAUCCCUAACCGAUUACGACGCCAUCAAAUUUGGGGGUCCCUGGAUGGUCCUUGAUCACUAUCUCACAACGCAGCUAUGGAGACCCAAUUUCGACUCAAGAACUGAUAAAUUGGAGAAGCUGUUGGCUUGGAUUAGAUUCCCCUCACUCCCAAUCGAGUAUUUCGAUGACGAUUUCCUCAAAAAGAUAGGCGAUGUGAUAGGGAAGCCGUUGAAAAUCGAUGUCACCUCAAGCACGGCCUCGAAAGGUAAAUUUGCUAGAGUUUGUGUUGAAUUAGAUAUCACUAAGCCACUGUUGUCAAGAUUUGUAUUAAACUGGACUGAAUGGCCAAUUGAAUAUGAGGGUAUACAUCAAAUCUGUUUUAAAUGUGGUAUCUAUGGCCAUCGUAUGGACAUGUGCGGCAAGGAAAAGGUUGGAACUAGCGAGGAUAACGCACAGGCUGAUGGCAGAACUGGUGCACAUACUGAUAAUAAUCUGCAGUCUCUCCCGAAAGAGAAAUAUGGCUCCUGGAUGCUGGUUACUAGAAGGGUGAGGAAGAACCAGUCUAGGAACUCGAAUGCUCCGGGGAGGAACGAUCAUCGACAAGACCCAUUUCCACCAGCCCCUCCACAAGAGAACCUGGCCUCUCAGUCUAGAUUUGGCCCAUUGGAUGGUAUGGAGGAAGAUGAAGGGGUUCACCAGCAACCCAACCACCCCCACCAACCAGAAGCCCAGCAGGCGGACAUUGCCCUGCCUAGGAUUAGGACGAAUUAUCAUGGGGUGAGACACCAUGAGGAACAAAGGAAUCCAGUGGAUAUAGCGAGGAAAGAAACUCCGCAGGCCUCCCAGAACCGGCCCCAACAUAUUACCCAAGAUCCUGGCGCUUCUCGAGGCUUCAGAGGCUCCCAACCAAAUCGUGCAGCGGCAGUAUCCAAACACACUGUAGUCCAGGGUUCUGUUAGAGAUGGUACUAUUGCAUCCUACACUGUCUACCGCCCAAACAAUUCGGAAGUGUUUCCAGGUCCCCCACCACUAGCAGCGUUUGAAAACACUUUCAAGGAAGUCCCACCAGAUAAAUUGAGUGAUCCUCCGCCCUUAGUAGUUCCCCAAGAUGUUACUAUGCAGGUGGUUGAUGGUCGUGAUGACCCAGGUGCGGCCUCUUCCUCCUUUAGGCGCACUCUUAAACUGUUGCUUCGGUUGCAUAAACCUUCAUUGAUAUGCCUUCUUGAACCAAAGGUUUCGGGUGUUCACGCCGAUAAUAUUUGCUCAUCCUUAGCAUUUGAUGAAUGGGUUCAGGAUACUCAUGCUGGUCACUGGCUGCUUUCCAUGGUGUAUGGCAGUCCGGUAUUAUCUCUGAGAAAGAAACUCUUUGCAGAUCUCUCGGGUUCCUUUUUUGAUCCACAGGGCCCGUGGUUAACGGUUGGUGACUUUAACUCGGUGACCUGUCGAAACGAAGUUAGCAACCCGGAGACCUUCACUUCAUCAAGAACUGUCGACUUCAAUGAUUGGAUAUUUAGGGAAGGGCUUAUAGACCUAGGCUUCACGGGGCCUAAAUUCACAUGGAUGCGUGGAGUAGAGUCUACCACCUUUAGAGGAGCCCGGUUGGAUCGCGCCUUGAGCAAUUUAGAUUGGAGAUGUCGCUUCCCAAAUGCAGACGUUAAACACCUCCUGAGAGUGGGUUCGGAUCACUCCCCCCUGUUAAUCAACACCAACCUGUCUAGGCAGAUUAUUAAUGUGGCAAAGUUCAGAUUCAAUAUGGCUUGGCCUUUGCAUCCCAGCUUUCAAACUUGUGUUCGAGCCACUUGGAAUGAAGAUCAUGAUCUAACAAAGAAUAUCUCAGUCAUGGCAGAAUCUCUAACCACCUGGAACAGGGAAACGUUCGGCAAUGUUUUUCAGCGUAAGAAGCACCUUCUAGCAAGACUACAGGGGGUCCAACGUAGCUUGUCCUUGGGAGCUAGGAUAGACCUCAUCAAAUUAGAUCGCCGGCUUCGUAAAGAACUCGACGAGACCCUCUAUCAAGAGGAACUUAUUUGGUUCCAGAGAUCCUGUGAAGAGUGGAUUACAUCCGGGGAUUGCAACACCCGCUUCUACCACAUUGCCACGACAGUCAAAACCAACCAGACAAAGGUGAAUUGUCUAAGGGAUGAGGGAGGUAACUACCUUACAGAUGAUUUUACGAUUAGGCAGCACACAAGGGACUACUUCCGGACUUUGUUCUCUAUGGACCCAACCUGCUCUGCCCAUUCUCUGAAAAAUGGUUUUUUUCCGACAAUAUGUGCUGAAGAUUGGGCAGAAAUCAACGUUCCAGUAAGCAUGGAUGAAAUAAAAAGGGCAUUGUUCGACAUGUCACCUUGCAAAGCCCCGGGACCUGAUGGAAUUACAGCUGGUUUUUUUUCAGAAAUCUUGGGAAAUCGUUCGUGGCAGCCUUCUAAAAUUUGCUAA